GAGCAGUCAAAUGUAGCCUGAGGUCUGAAAGGGAAAGCCCACUGGAAGUUUCGUGCGCUAAGCAGACAGAAAUCCUUCCGUAAUGGACUGACAAAAUGCUCACCAAACGUUACCACUAGCGAAUAAGAUUUGAACUGCACCGAGAAAACCGUCGGAGAGCGUUUAGACAUUGAACCUGCUUUUCUCGAUGUUAUCUGUCCACCUUUCCUAGUGGCAAUAGUGGGAUUUGCUAGCGUCAGCAUGUGGAAUCACACCUGCUUUUGCGCUCAUGUUGUGGCGGCGUGGAAUCAGAAAUCCGUUAGGCUAGUGUGAAGAUUCAGCCCCUCCCUCGCUCAGAAAACAGCUUUCUUUCCAUCAUGGCUCCUUCGAUGGACAGGCAAGGAUUCUGGGGGAAGCCAACAUCUACACUUGAUUGGUGUGAAGAGAACUAUGUCGUGUCAUUCUACAUCGCCGAAUUCUGGAACACAGUCAGUAAUCUGAUUAUGAUCCUACCUCCCAUCUAUGGAGCCUUGCAGACGCUCAGGAAUGGCCUAGAGGUCCGCUAUGUCUACUCUUUCCUGGGCCUCGCUGCGGUUGGCAUCGGUUCCUGGUGCUUCCAUAUGACACUGAAGUAUGAGAUGCAGUUGCUGGAUGAGUUGCCAAUGAUCUACAGCUGUUGUGUCUUUGUGUAUUGUAUAUAUGAAUGCUUCAAGCAAGAGAAUGCCAUCAACUAUCUCCCAAUAAGCCUUUUGCUGCUGUUCAGCAUCUCAGUAAGUUUGGUUUAUUUGCAAUGGAAAGAGCCUAUUUUUCAUCAGGUCAUGUAUGGGGCUCUAGUCGCUUGCCUUGUUCUACGCUGUGUGUUCAUAGUGACAUGGGUUUAUCCGUGGCUGAGGCCGCUAUGCUACGUGUCUCUGGGUUUCUUUCUGCUGGGAUUCCUGCUCUGGAACAUUGAUAACCUCCUCUGUGGCUCGCUGAGGGCCUCUCGCCAAACACUGCCCCCUGGUGUUGGAGUGGUGACACAGUUCCAUGCCUGGUGGCACAUUCUUACAGGCCUCGGCUCCUACCUCCACAUUCUCCUCAGCCUCCAGAUCAGAUCAACCUACCUCAAGCACAGACCAGAGAUUAAGUUUGUGUGUGGUGUUUGGCCGACACUGCACAUCGGGUCAGCGAAGACAGGGUGAAGAAGAGCGAAGGCUGGCAGUAAGCGGCCUCCCGCCACCAGCCUCAGAGAGAGGCUCCGCUCCGCGCGUCUGGACACGACGACGGCCCUCCCAGACGCCAGCUUGAGGUUUUCUGCCCCAGGCCAGCGCUGUUCCUUCUUCAUUUGGCCGCGUAGCGUUGAGAAGAGAACAUUAUUAUAACACAGGACUGUUCAACUCUCAUCCUUUUUAAACAUUUGAGCUAAUUACUCAACAAUUAGUUGUUACCAUUUUUAGGUGAUUUUGAGGUGACACAACCAGUUUUGAUUUUGUAUUUAUUUAAAUGCAUUGAUCUAUGGGUUCAUGAAAACGCUGAAAAAGACUGCGAGAUCUUUACCUCAGAUAGUAUUCUACACAGGGAUAGAUUUUAUUCUGUGUGCUGCAAGAUAGUUUGUUCAUAAAGAAAGUCAUAAUCCAUUUGCCAUUAACAUUUUUAAGUGUCUUAAUAUUCAUGGUAGAUCACUAUCAAAAGUCAUUACCUUAACUGGAAAAGUCCUUCAUACAGAAUUAGGGGUGUAGGACAAAUCAAUACAGUGUAGUAUUGUGAUAUUUUUGACACGAUACCGUCGUGAUACAGUGCCACUAAGUAUCUCAGUAUUUUUAUUUAAUUUAUAUUGUGAUUUUGAUUUUAUCUGGAUAUAUAUGUCUACUCUGAUAACAUUGUGUCUUAAGUACUUAAAAUACAUACAUUAGACCUGGUUCUUCUCUUGAGUCAUCACAGUAAUGGGAAAGGAAGUCAAAGCAACGAACAAAGAACAAGAACAAGAGUUCUUACUAAAGAACAAGAUGGCUAUACUUGCUGUAUUCUAUAAAGAUGGCAGUAAUAUGGUGUUGUGACCUAAAUAUCAUGAUGUUAUCAUAUUGUUCUUUGCUAAUUCUCACCCCUUGUACAUAACCGUUCAGAGUGAAGUUGCAAGUGAGGAUUUUCCAAACAGAUUGAAGCACAAGAAGUUAUAUAGGCUGGAUUUAGGGUUUCUGUCAUUUGCAGUUUCAUUUCCUCAUUUUUCUUUACUAAAUAAAAACAAGAAGUUAGUGCAGCCUUAUUUAUUACGACUGUACUGAUAGACACCAACAGCACACAGUCUGCUGAUAGGAAGAUUAUUUCCCAUGAGCCGAGUCAUAUUUUGAACAUAUUUUGAGCUUUUCACCUCUUUCACCAUAGUCUCGUCUGUGGCUAUCGCUGCAUGGCUUGUGAUCUCAUGAAGGAAGUUAUUUACACAGAACACUCACUUUUCACUUUGUUUGUUUGCUCACUCAUUUUCCUUUUGUUUUCUAAACUGUGGGGAACAUUUCUGCAUCUGGGGUAAAUUGUUGGAAUGGACUAUUUCACUAAGCAGCUCUAAGGACUCAAUGUAUUGUACUACAAAACUACCUGAACCAUAUUUGGAAUCGUCCCAAAUGAAUGCUGGUGACCCAUGCUAAUCCAUAUUUGGCUAAUUUUGUAACUAUCGGUUAACAUGGAAAUCUAUAAAUAUGGACCAUGUGUUGGAAAUGCUUUACAUUAAGGUUAAUAGACAUCAGUAAGUGCAUGGGUUAACAUCAAUGAACCAUCAUUCUCAGUGUUGUUAAAUCACGUAAUGCACUGUCCUGGAUCCCUUGGUUUAGAGCCUGUUACCAAAUCAUUUCAAAUCCAGUUUGCUAGAUGAUUUUUUGCAUCAGUUAAGCAUGAAUAAGCCAUGAACUUCAGCUUUCAGAAACAUUCGCCAAUUACAAUACUUCAUCUUAUUUUUUAGUGUCAUUAAUUCUUCAUCUUAACGUAAAGCAUUGCCCAUGUGUUACCUGUGUAUUGUAGACCACUUGAACUGCCAUAACCAUGUUUUUAUCCCAGUGAAGCUGGUUAGUAAUCAUUAAAUGUCAAGUUACAAUAUUAGGUAUGGUUGCUUCAUAUCACUCCUAAAACUGAUGUCAUAUAAGCACAAAUGUUUAAUUGCAUAUAAAAAGUCCAACUUAGCCAAGUUACUGGACAUGAUUAGAAGUGUCUCUACGUCCUGUGUGAUGCUGCUUCUGCCGAUGGUGGAGCGUUGUGUUGUCGUAAAUGUUUAGGGUGCCUUAUUUCCCAGAGUGCAGUAGGCUCGGAAACAGGUUUUCCCCCCCUGAUCAAUGGACCCAGAUCCAGGCCUGACCUGCCUCAUGGGUUCGUUGCCGUCUGGGUUUCCACCCUGGGGGCACUUCCAUGUUGCCUUGCUCCAGAGGGACGUUCAAAUGACCAUGCAGACUUUUGUGUUCAGCCCACUCACUAGAGUUGGACACAGAACCCAGCCGUUUGCCCCUAUGUGAAGAUCCUAUGGGAGAAAGCUAUGCUGUAAGUGCAGUAUGGGGAAAUCCUAUGGGAGGGAGUUCUAAUCUAUUUGCAGUAUGUGAAGAUCCUAUGGGAGGGAGUUCUAAUCUAUGUGCAGUAUGGGGAGAUCCUAUGGGAGGGAGCUACUGUGCAGUAAGGGGCCUAUGGGAGAUGGUAUGGGGACCAGCCCACUGUGAUUCCUCCUGUUGCCAUGUUCCUGCCAAGGCCUACCUGUGCGUCCUAUUACCAUGUGAUUUGUGAAGUUUGUGAGAAAAAAAGAGUAUAAUUUAAAACAUUUUGUGCAGUUGCAGUUUAUGCUAUUAAAGGAUUUGAAAACUA